UAGGUACAUGUAUUUAUCUCUCCUGUUUAGAAUUAACAUCUGCUUGGGAAGGAUCAGUCAUGGAGUUUAGUCAUGAUGACAAAUAUCUUGUCUCUGAUGAAUGUUGCAAGCAAUGUAUAUAUGGUGACUGUCCAGAUCAUGGACCGUUAGAAUGGGUUGCCGACUGCCUCACAGCCAGUGGAACACAGCAGAAAAACCAAGCAAGAGCCACCCUCCCUAGCAAUCUGUAUCUCAUGCCAUCAGCAGUUGGACAAGACCAAAUGGGUGUCUUUGCCAGGGCAAAGAUUGAAAAAAGGGUCAUGUUUGGACCCUACAAAGGACAAACAGUUUCUGCAAAACAUUUAUAUGUUGGAGAGGGGCACAACUAUAUGUAUAUGUGGGAUGUUUUGGAAGGUGGUAAAGUCAGUCGCAUAGUUGAUGGCUCAGAUGAACACAACAGCAAUUGGAUGAGGUUUGUGAACUGUGCACGUGACAACAAAGAACAGAACUUAGUUGCAGUACAGUUCCGUGGUGAGAUCUACUACAAGACAUGUGUCCCUGUGGAGGCUGGCAGUGAGCUGCUUGUUUGGUUUGAUGACAGUGUUUCCUGUGGUAGCUCAACCCAGAAAGACCAGCUCGGUCAUGAGUUUGUGUGUGAUGUAUGUGGACUGGCCUUCACUGGUUCAACCUUUCUUUUAAGGCACAAGUCAGUUCGUUGUCAACGGCAAGACCAGACAAAUACUUCUCAAGACCAUGAAGGUCAAGUAGAUACUCCCGCGGAGUUAUUAGAGACGGAGAAAGCCAACGAAGAGGAAGCGACAGUGUCUUCGUGUGACGAAGAGUCAUCGCUUACUAUAGGUGACAAUGGGAUUGCUACCAGUGAAGAAAGUGGAGUUAUCAAGGAUAGUAUACAGGCAAAUCCUUCUCAAGACCAUGAAUUUCAAGCAGACGAGCCAGUGGAGUCAGUCGAGAGGACGAAAAGCAAUCAGGAGGACGUUACAUUUCCUUCUGAUGCAGAGUCGUCAAUGGUUGUGGUUGAUAUUGGAGCUACUAAUAGUGAAAACAGUAGAACAGUUGUUGAGGAAAACUCGUCUUAUCGUGUUGUCCUUGUAGAAACUGCGCCAAGUUCGGGGGUGUCAAUAACAGGCAGAUUAAGUAAAGAAAAACAGAACACGACGCCUCUGGUGAACGGCAAAACACCAAAAGUAGCGAACACUCGUAAACGUUCUGCAGAGAGUGUGGGAAAAGCAAAACAGAUCGCCAGCAAACCAAAGCUCUCAAAGGCUCGAGAAACGUCUUCCUCAAAUGGUACAAAAGCACGAAAUGCUGCGGCCAAGAAGAUCAAAUCCUCUAAAGCGACGCCUGCCGGAAAGAAAAGAAAAGCGGCUUCUACAGCUGACGGCUCUGAACCUCAAACUAAAAAGACAAAAGUAACCAAACCAAAUGAAUCCCAAGGGCGAAAGAAAGCUAAAAAGAGUAAAAGCUCUGGCACUAAAAGAAAAGUGUCUAGUGGUAAAGUUGCUGUCGAUGGAAGUAUGGAAGUAUCCGUUGUAGGCAAGGCCCUGCAUAAGCCAAGAAAGCAAUCAAAGACUCGGGAAGCUAAAAAGAAGUCCAGCAACUUGCAGUCAUCAUUACCUGGUGAAGAAGAGGGUGAGGCACCUGCAGCUGAAGAUGGAAGAGCUGAAAUGAGACCUCGUAAGAAGACACGUGGUAAGGCAAGAAACGAGCGAGAUCCUAGUGACACAGCCAAAAUGCCUUCUCCCACCAAGAGGAAGAAAACCGCGCCCGAAGAUAAGCCCGUAUUUAACUGCGAGCAGUGCUUAAGAACGUUCAAGUGGAAGUCUCAGCUUGAUUACCACAUGCGAAGUCACGCGACCGAGAAGGAAUUCAAGUGUACGUUUUGUGACAAGGGUCUAUCGCAGUUAUCCUCCCUCAAGAGGCAUCUGCGCGUGCACAGUGGAGAAAAGCCAUACGAAUGCGAGGAGUGUGGUAAGAGGUUCGUAGAAAAAGGAAAGCUCAAACUUCAUCAACGCAAACACACCGGGGAACAACCGGAGAAAAAGUACAAGUGUUCCGUAUGCGAUAGAGCGUUCACGCUCAGUGCGAAUCUCACCACUCAUAUGCGAACUCACACGGGUGAAAAACCUUAUCCUUGUCCUCAGUGCGGCAAAGGCUUUAAACGAAGCUCGGAUGUUAUCAGCCAUCUCCGGAGCCACACAGGGGAGAGGCCCUACAAGUGUUCACACUGCGAGAAGUCUUUCACAAUGAUCUCGCAUCGUAACAGACACGAAGUGAUCCACACUGGAUUAAGACCGUUCAAGUGUGAUCUGUGCGGCAAAGGGUUUACUCAACCAAACUCCGUGAAAGCUCACUUGAAAGUUCAUGCUAAAAAGCAGGCUCGGCUUGAAGGAAGAGUACCAGGACAUGAGCAGCAAGACAGAACUCACAGAGAUGAAGAGAUGCAGACCAAUGGACAGCAGGGAGUAGAUGAGCCGCAGCCGAGUGUCCGUCAAAACAGUGACUCCGAACAGCUGCAGAUGAGCGGUGCAGAAAGAAAGGGGUGCGAGGAGGAGUUGCAAGGUGUAAUAACAGAGCUAAUGGAGCCUGAGCAUUUACAGUUGGACAACUUACAGGAGGAUUCCACACAUACACAGAAUCAUCAAGAGAACGGAGAGGAACUGUCACACUUAGAUAGCACACAAGGAUUACAACAAGAACACCUACAGUUGGAUAGCGCUGGAGUUGAUGAUAUGGAAGACCAAGAGAUUUCCUCAAGUGAUGGAACAGAGCUUACGACAAUCGCAACAGAGCAGUUACAGUUAAGCUGCACUACAAUAAAUAGCGUCAGCGAGCAACUUAAUACUGACAAUACUGUGGUCAAUGAGAAAGAACUCCUGCAGCUUGGAAGUGCGACUCAGAGCGAAGGUGCUGAACAUGUACAGUUAGAGCUGACUCCAAGCAAUGAACAGGACCAAGUUCAGCUUGGUGAAGGAGACGACACAACUCUUCUUGCACUUCGUUCAGUUAGUUNGGUUGCAUGUAACAUCAAAGGUGGUGACACAUUUUUUUUUUCUACCAUGUCAGGUCAUGAGUUUGUGUGUGAUGUAUGUGGACUGGCCUUCACUGGUUCAACCUUUCUUCUAAGGCACAAGUCAGUUCGUUGUCAACGGCAAGACCAGACAAAUACUUCUCAAGACCAUGAAGGUCAAGUAGAUACUCCCGCGGAGUUAUUAGAGACGGAGAAAGCCAACGAAGAGGAAGCGACAGUGUCUUCGUGUGACGAAGAGUCAUCGCUUACUAUAGGUGACAAUGGGAUUGCUACCAGUGAAGAAAGUGGAGUUAUCAAGGAUAGUAUACAGGCAAAUCCUUCUCAAGACCAUGAAUUUCAAGCAGACGAGCCAGUGGAGUCAGUCGAGAGGACGAAAAGCAAUCAGGAGGACGUUACAUUUCCUUCUGAUGCAGAGUCGUCAAUGGUUGUGGUUGAUAUUGGAGCUACUAAUAGUGAAAACAGUAGAACAGUUGUUGAGGAAAACUCGUCUUAUCGUGUUGUCCUUGUAGAAACUGCGCCAAGUUCGGGGGUGUCAAUAACAGGCAGAUUAAGUAAAGAAAAACAGAACACGACGCCUCUGGUGAACGGCAAAACACCAAAAGUAGCGAACACUCGUAAACGUUCUGCAGAGAGUGUGGGAAAAGCAAAACAGAUCGCCAGCAAACCAAAGCUCUCAAAGGCUCGAGAAACGUCUUCCUCAAAUGGUACAAAAGCACGAAAUGCUGCGGCCAAGAAGAUCAAAUCCUCUAAAGCGACGCCUGCCGGAAAGAAAAGAAAAGCGGCUUCUACAGCUGACGGCUCUGAACCUCAAACUAAAAAGACAAAAGUAACCAAACCAAAUGAAUCCCAAGGGCGAAAGAAAGCUAAAAAGAGUAAAAGCUCUGGCACUAAAAGAAAAGUGUCUAGUGGUAAAGUUGCUGUCGAUGGAAGUAUGGAAGUAUCCGUUGUAGGCAAGGCCCUGCAUAAGCCAAGAAAGCAAUCAAAGACUCGGGAAGCUAAAAAGAAGUCCAGCAACUUGCAGUCAUCAUUACCUGGUGAAGAAGAGGGUGAGGCACCUGCAGCUGAAGAUGGAAGAGCUGAAAUGAGACCUCGUAAGAAGACACGUGGUAAGGCAAGAAACGAGCGAGAUCCUAGUGACACAGCCAAAAUGCCUUCUCCCACCAAGAGGAAGAAAACCGCGCCCGAAGAUAAGCCCGUAUUUAACUGCGAGCAGUGCUUAAGAACGUUCAAGUGGAAGUCUCAGCUUGAUUACCACAUGCGAAGUCACGCGACCGAGAAGGAAUUCAAGUGUACGUUUUGUGACAAGGGUCUAUCGCAGUUAUCCUCCCUCAAGAGGCAUCUGCGCGUGCACAGUGGAGAAAAGCCAUACGAAUGCGAGGAGUGUGGUAAGAGGUUCGUAGAAAAAGGAAAGCUCAAACUUCAUCAACGCAAACACACCGGGGAACAACCGGAGAAAAAGUACAAGUGUUCCGUAUGCGAUAGAGCGUUCACGCUCAGUGCGAAUCUCACCACUCAUAUGCGAACUCACACGGGUGAAAAACCUUAUCCUUGUCCUCAGUGCGGCAAAGGCUUUAAACGAAGCUCGGAUGUUAUCAGCCAUCUCCGGAGCCACACAGGGGAGAGGCCCUACAAGUGUUCACACUGCGAGAAGUCUUUCACAAUGAUCUCGCAUCGUAACAGACACGAAGUGAUCCACACUGGAUUAAGACCGUUCAAGUGUGAUCUGUGCGGCAAAGGGUUUACUCAACCAAACUCCGUGAAAGCUCACUUGAAAGUUCAUGCUAAAAAGCAGGCUCGGCUUGAAGGAAGAGUACCAGGACAUGAGCAGCAAGACAGAACUCACAGAGAUGAAGAGAUGCAGACCAAUGGACAGCAGGGAGUAGAUGAGCCGCAGCCGAGUGUCCGUCAAAACAGUGACUCCGAACAGCUGCAGAUGAGCGGUGCAGAAAGAAAGGGGUGCGAGGAGGAGUUGCAAGGUGUAAUAACAGAGCUAAUGGAGCCUGAGCAUUUACAGUUGGACAACUUACAGGAGGAUUCCACACAUACACAGAAUCAUCAAGAGAACGGAGAGGAACUGUCACACUUAGAUAGCACACAAGGAUUACAACAAGAACACCUACAGUUGGAUAGCGCUGGAGUUGAUGAUAUGGAAGACCAAGAGAUUUCCUCAAGUGAUGGAACAGAGCUUACGACAAUCGCAACAGAGCAGUUACAGUUAAGCUGCACUACAAUAAAUAGCGUCAGCGAGCAACUUAAUACUGACAAUACUGUGGUCAAUGAGAAAGAACUCCUGCAGCUUGGAAGUGCGACUCAGAGCGAAGGUGCUGAACAUGUACAGUUAGAGCUGACUCCAAGCAAUGAACAGGACCAAGUUCAGCUUGGUGAAGGAGACGACACAACUCUUCUUGCACUGUAGUUGACUAACACCUUUUAACUUGGACUUAUAGCUCGGACUUCGGUUGUUAAAAAGCGACGAACCAUGAUAUGGUUCCUUUAAUUUACACUUAAAUUUAGCUGACGAAAUGGAAACAAAGGAUGUAGAAACAUUAAGCUCUCACCGCAGGCUGCAUGUUCGACUCCAUGGGCACUGAAUUGUUAAAUCUGUUGCUCUUCGUACAUUUUUAUGACCGUGUAAUUUCUAGAAUCCCGUUGAACGCAUUUUAUUUUUAUAAAAUGGAACCAUAGAAUUGUGGAGCUUUAUCAGUCAGAAGGAGCCGAAACAAAAUAAUUUACUGCGUUUUAGUGGUUUCCCUGGACUAGGAACCGUCCUCUCGUCAAUUCCCUUUCUUGAUGAGAAUCAUAUACUGUAUUUAUCAUUUUCCAGUUGGACGAAAAGAUUAUUUCAAAGCAACAGUUGGAAAACCGGCCUCAAGAGGUCCUCAUGGGCUCGAUGAAUAUGAGUGAGUGAGUGAAUGAUCGAGUGAACAGUUAGUAAAGACAGAGUGUGUGCCACCGUUGUUUUAGUUUCAUUGUAGUUCAAACGAACAAACAGUUGUUUUGACUGUUUUGAUAAACAAGGGAAAAAGUUAAUUACUUCUCAGAGGAUUUCAUUUCAGUAAAGGUGAAUGUAAUUUUGAAAAGCGAAAAGAAACCUCAUGUUUUAAAAAGUGACGUUUCAAUCUACGUUCCUACCGCGCGCACUCAAACACUCCAACACAGAUGCACUAAUGUGCUUUCCAGAACAGAAGAAAAUGCGCCAAAGGCCAUUUUUAUUAGACAACUAAAUAUUAAUGGAGUGCAUAUUAACGGGACACAGACCCGUCGGGUGUAACAUUUUUCCCCGGUGGGGGAGGGGUACUCCGAUGCGAAAAGGUCGGGGAUGCUC